AUGGCAGGAGAACAGAAACCGUCCUGCAAUCUUCUAGAGCAGUUUAUUUUACUAGCCAAAGGUACAAGUGGCUCAGCUCUGACUGCUCUUAUAAAUCAAGUGCUGGAGGCUCCUGGGGUUUAUGUCUUCGGAGAGCUAUUGGAGUUAACAAAUGUGCAAGAGCUUGCUGAAGGGUCUAAUGCUGCUUAUUUCCAGUUGCUGAACCUGUUUGCAUAUGGAACGUACCCAGACUAUGUAGCAAACAAAGAUAACCUGCCUGAAUUAACAACAACUCAGAAAAACAAGCUGAAACACUUGACGAUUGUAAGCCUGGCUUCCAGAAUGAAGUGCAUUCCCUAUUCUGUGUUGCUGAAGGACCUGGAUAUGAGGAAUCUGAGGGAGUUGGAAGAUCUGAUUAUUGAAGCGGUUUAUACAGAUAUUAUCCAGGGGAAGUUGGAUCAACGAAACCAGGUGCUAGAGGUGGAUUUUUGCAUCGGCAGAGACAUUCAGAAGAAGGACAUCAGUAACAUUGUCAAAACACUCCAGGAAUGGUGUGAUGGUUGCGAGGCGGUUCUUUUAGGAAUUGAGCAGCAAGUACUUAGAGCCAACCAAUACAAGGAGAACCAUCACCGAACUCAGCAGCAGGUAGAGAUGGAGGUCACAAACAUAAAGAAAACAUUAAAAGCUACAGCCUCGUCGUCGGCACAGGAGAUGGAACAGCAGCUGGUAGAGCGAGAGUGCCCUCCACACACAGAACAAAGGCAGCCCACAAAGAAGAUGUCCAAAGUCAAAGGGCUGGUCUCCAGCCGUCACUAGACCAUACCAUCUAAAUGUCAUUCAGCUAGGAAUGACUACAGGAGGAGUGAAAAAGGACCUGCGUCUCCUUUUUCAGUGGGUUCUGGGCCAGUCCCUUCCAGGCUGGCAGAUAAAAGCCCUGUUUGAAUACAGCUCCCAGUUAGCAGCACCUGGCUAAGUUACACUGUGCAGCCCCUAUUAAUUUCCAGGGUGUCCUGUUCUGGUCCUGUAAAGAGGGA